UUUCAGCGUGAGUGUAUUUCUGUCCACGUUGGUCAAGCCGGAGUUCAGAUUGGAAAUGCUUGUUGGGAGUUGUACUGCUUGGAGCAUGGAAUUCAGCCUGAUGGUCAGAUGCCGAGCGACAAAACUAUCGGCGGUGGUGAUGAUUCCUUUAACACAUUUUUCAGCGAAACUGGAGCGGGAAAACACGUUCCUCGCGCUGUGUUUGUCGAUUUGGAACCCACCGUAGUCGGUGAGAAAAGGAAACAUUGUUUUAUAAUCUAGCAGUAGAAAUAAAAUAAAGAUUUGUAAGUUGAAAAAUCUGCGAAGAAAAAGACAAAUCAAAAUAUCUUAUUUAAUAUAUCGCCAGAGAUAUAAACGAAAACAUUUUCAAGAGGCGGAAUAUUAUAAAUUAGAAAUUAUGAACCAAUAAUAUAUUGACCACGGUCCUUAAGCGCAAUUUUAAGGUAUGAGUUGAUAACAUACGGCUUUUUUAUUGCAACAUUCUGAGUUUAUGUUGUCAAGAAAGUUUGAAAUAGAGAUAUAAUCGUCCCGCACGGAAUCUGGACUAUUUCGUGUAGGUAGAAAUUUGCAAUUGAACUACUGGUUUCUAUGGCAUUAGUUAGCAUGUCAUUCAUUUUUUUUAAAAUUCAAAGUAUCUAUAAAAUUUACAUAUAUUGGUGCUAUUGAAAUUGACAGAAAUUAUGAACAAUAAAUUAAGUGGAGUGUUUUCUUGCAUCAUGUAUAGCAAACGAAUAUAUUUAUUGUUACAAGAGAUUCUUGUAAAGAUUUUGCCUCGGACAAUGUUCGUGACGCUACUAGAACCAAAGUUCAACUUGUUCAUAUUCACUAAAAUAUUGCUUCCGUUCCGAGAGAUAAAUCGACAACACCAAUUGUAUCAGUCAUGCGUUUAGCCGCUCAGUUUUUGAUGAAUGUGCCUUUUAAUUUGUUCAUUUAGAGAUCAAUAUGACACCGAAGUCAACUUUUUGUAGAAAAUGCUUAUCUUUUUGGGCCUAUCUGAUACCGGCACAGAAAAACAAAAAUUGAUGAUAUGACUUUUAAAAAAUGGUCAUAACUAGACCUUUUAUUCUAUAUUUCACAGAUGAAGUUCGCACAGGCACCUACAGACAGCUGUUUCACCCAGAACAGUUGAUAACUGGCAAAGAAGAUGCCGCUAACAACUAUGCUCGUGGGCACUACACUGUUGGAAAGGAAAUGAUCGAUCAGGUUUUGGACAGGAUUAGAAAGCUGGUAGGUAUUCAAGAAGAUGUAUAUAGAGAUAUUGUUUAGUUCAGUGCAAACUUCUGUCAGUUUUUCUGUGUAUUGGAAUUAAAUGAUUCCUUUAAGCAUUUUGAAAGUUAGUUCCCUGCUUUAUAUCACAGGCAGACCAAUGCACAGGCUUGCAGGGAUUCCUUGUUUUCCACUCUUUUGGUGGAGGUACUGGAUCGGGCUUUACCUCUCUCCUUUUGGAACGUCUGUCUGUUGACUACGGCAAGAAAUCCAAAUUGGAGUUCUCUAUCUACCCCGCACCGCAAGUAGCAACAGCAGUGGUUGAACCUUACAACUCUAUUCUGACCACUCACACCACCUUGGAACAUUCUGACUGUGCCUUUAUGGUGGAUAAUGAAGCCAUUUAUGACAUCUGUCGUCGUAACUUGGACAUAGAAAGGCCAAGUUACACCAACCUGAACCGUCUGAUUGGUCAGAUCGUAUCCUCCAUCACUGCUUCACUGCGCUUUGAUGGUGCACUGAAUGUUGACUUGACUGAGUUCCAGGUAAGGUGUUGCAAGCUCUUUCGAGAAACCAGAAUCGACAGAUAGAAUCGGCUUGUCCUGUGAAUGAUUUUGUGAUGCUAUUGACAACAUUUGUCGAGGCCUUUUGAAUCGUCUGACAUAUCGUGGUUAGGGUGGGACUGUCACGCGAGAUAUGAACUAACGUAAAAAUGCCUUUGCAAGGAUGAAAAUUCACUAUCACUAAUUUUUGCACCCACAAACGAAUAUGUUAAUGUAGUAGCUGUUCAUCAUUAGCAAGUCGAUUUAACAACUGUUUUCAAUACUAAUUGAAAACAUAACAAUUGUACCAUGUGAUGAAAGAACAUAUAAAACCACGAGCCAUAUGGCUCUUGAUAAAACCCUGUAUGGGUACAGCGAACUCCCUUUAUAGCGGACAAUGGGAGCUCGAGUUAGCGUCCUCUUUAGCGAUAGUCCAUAAUAGUGGGAGUCUACUUCAUUCAAACGUCUGUAAUUUGUUUUUUGCCGGGGACUUAGGUACUGUUCGUUUUAUCGUGGUGUCCGUUAUUAUAUCUGGGUGUCCGCAGGGCGAGGGUUGACUGUACUUCGACGGAAUUUAACUUGCAACGAUCGCUAUUUAUGAAACGACGAUCCUAGAGAUUAAAGCGACGAUCGAAUUGCCAUUCCGACCAAGUUUGACAACGUUAGUCGUGCGAAAACGGCAAAGAAAUAUGCCUAAAGGUGUGUUGCACAUUCGGCAGUUUUUGUUUUGCUUAACUAAACCCGUCUUAUUUUCAUUGCCUCGUUUCUUCCGUCGUUGUCGUGGUUGUACAAACUCGGUAGUGGCUUUAUCAAGCAAAAAUUUUCUUUGCAACCGGAUUUCAUUGAAAAACCAACGAUUUGACGGAAACGCGCGGCGAAAACGACGUCCCCAGGUACCAAUAGAACGGCUCACAUGCAUGUGACUAAAGGAAACAUCACAAAAUAAAUGUAAUCCUUCAAGAUGUAGUGGGAGUGAACACCGUUGUCAACAAACGAGCAAAGUUAGGUGCAAUGAAACUAUUUACUAUUAACGGUUGGCUUUUCUUCACAAACAAAGACAAGGAGAAGAACUAACUCCAACUGGAAAAAGUUAUGCCAACGUUUUCAAGCUGCAUGUGUCAUUGUUCUUUCAUAUCACUGAUUCACUCAAUAGGUGAUGCCGUUCCUGCUUCUACUGUUGGCAAGCUUAUAUCUUAACUAUGUUAACCAUUUAGUUAAAACUUUCUAUCUUUUUACGGGUUCUCCGGCACUGACACUGAGGCAGCGCGGAUUAGUGAGUGCUCAGGAUGCUUGACCACGAUUGUAUAAUUCGAAUUUUCCAAUUCUGUUUCUAUUAAAAAGUUAUCAAACAGAUAUUGCGUAAGCGCAUAAGUUCAAUGAUUCUAGAUUGUCAUGACACCCUGAUAGGCAAAGGCACUUAGGGGCAUUUACUCUACUAAUAAGAGUCGCCCGCGAACAGUAUCCUGACUGAUCAUGCGAAGACGGUUGAUUGGAAGCUUGGCUGCCGUAUCCAUUUGCUGGAUUCUUUUCUCGAGAGUCUCGGCUCAACUCCUUAGUGUAAACAUUGCUAUCGUCCUUUUAGAAUAUUUUUUAAUAGGAUUUUCCCAGGUUCAACUUAAUACUAUUGAGAGAGAUCAUUCAUUUAUUUUUUAUUCAUUGUAGAACCGAAUUUGCAAUUUAAUCUCAAUUGUAUUAAGGUUUAUCCUUCCUUGGGUCAAUGUAUCGCUUACCUUCUUUAUUCAGACCAACUUGGUUCCAUAUCCACGUAUUCACUUCCCACUGGCCACUUAUGCUCCAGUUAUCUCUGCUGAAAAAGCCUACCAUGAACAGUUGAGUGUUUCGGAAAUCACCAAUGCCUGUUUUGAGCCAGCCAAUCAGAUGGUGAAAUGUGACCCACGUCAUGGCAAAUAUAUGGCUUGCUGUCUGCUGUUCCGUGGUGAUGUAGUACCUAAGGAUGUGAAUGCAGCUAUCGCAACAAUCAAGACCAAGAGAACCAUUCAGUUUGUGGACUGGUGCCCUACUGGCUUCAAGGUUCGUGUAACUCAGUGCCUUAAAAAUUUUGAUUAAAUUCAGUACAAGCAGUUCUUCAAUGUUUUUACGCAUGUUAUUAGUUUUUCAAACCGUAAAAGAGAAGCUAGGAAAAUGGACGUGUCAGUCAAGCUCUCUCAAUUGAUCUCAUUUUUCAGGUGGGCAUCAAUUACCAACCUCCCACAGUUGUUCCUGGUGGUGACUUGGCCAAGGUUCAGCGUGCUGUUUGUAUGUUGAGUAACACCACAGCUAUUGCUGAGGCCUGGGCCCGUCUGGAUCACAAGUUUGAUCUGAUGUAUGCCAAGCGUGCGUUUGUCCACUGGUAUGUGGGUGAGGGUAUGGAGGAAGGAGAGUUCUCUGAGGCUCGUGAAGAUUUGGCUGCACUGGAGAAGGAUUACGAGGAAGUUGGCGUAGAUUCUGCAGCUGAUGAAGGCGAGGAUGAUGACGGAGACGAAUACUAG